GUGCGCCGUCAGUCCGCCGCCGCCGCCGCCAUGGGCAACAGCUCCGUCCUCGUCGUCCUCCUCGCGCCGCCAUGGCCACCGUCGUCGUGCCGGGGGCCGCGCUGAUGCUGUCCAACAUGUGGGACGCCUUCGACUGCAGCAACCUGACCACCUUCACCCGCAUCUCGCUGACCGACCACUACAUGGGGUACGGCGAUGACAUCCUGUUCCCGCCCCCCGUCAUAACGUCAGCAGCUGAAUUGACAUUAGCGCUGGACUAUCUGGUUGACAAGUUCAGACGCCUGCGCGAAGAGUUGCGCGAUGAGUCCAACAGCCAGCUGCUCUCGCAGAAGCUUCGCCUCCUCCGGGCGUUCCCCGAACUGACGUCCCAGCUGCUCGAAGUGCCCGGCGUGCUGGGCCGCGUCAUCGGCGACGUGCUCUACGUCGCCCAGUGCACCCCGGUGCAGGUCCAGCUUCGCUGGCAGGUUGAAGACUGCUACGACGCCGUGCCGGUCUACGACAACGACGGACGCCCCUGCUUCGCGGACCCCUCCUCCAGGAUCCUGGUGCCGCACGCCGAGAAGAUCCCCUGCCGCCGCAGCCUGGCGCCCCUCUUCAAAAUGGGGCCCUAUUGGACAUCCUUCAAUCCGUACGUCCUGCUAGAGGGAAGAAGGAUGAACAAGUUGAACCUGGCGGUAGCGGCGCGCCCGCAGCUCGCCGGGAUGACCGGCGAGACGAUCUCCACCGACGAGCAGUCCGACUUCGUGGCCUUCAUGACGGCGCCGCUGCUCCGCGCCAAGCGGGCCGACGACGCCGCGACCACGCCAGUGUCCAGGACGACGGACUUCCCCACGACGACGGACUUCCCCACGACGACCGAGAGGGCCAGGGUCGCCAGGGUGCGCGACAAAGACAGAGGCCAGCAAGCCCAGGCCGAGAGGGCCGAGAGCCGUAGACUGACGCCAACGCUGUUGGACCUGGGCCCGCUGGGCCACACCGAGGACUCCCUGCUGGCGGUGCUGGUCGUGCUGUGGCUGGCGCGGUACGCCCUGACGGUGUUGCUCAACCUGCACGCCAUCUGGCGGCUCAAGGGCUGCUCCUGGGCGCUCUGUACGGCGUUCUUCCCCCCCGUCGCCAACUACGUGUUGCACCGCCACCACGGCCACCACGCCAAGCAGCGCGGCCUCGUCUACCUCUCCGGGGCCCGCGAGCCGCUCCAGCGACGCGCCGAAAACGCGUACGUCCCCUAGCAGCCCCCGCCCACCCCAUAGACUUCUUAUUCCACUUAUUCCACCCUUAAGGUCCCCAAGACUGAAGAUAGGCCGUCGGAGAAACAUCGAUCUAGUCCCAUUUUGAUAGGUCUGCUUUGACUUCUGAGACUAUUAUUGCUCUGCAUUUUCGAUGUUUGUGAUUUUAUCGGCACAAUAAAGUGUCCAUGUUUUCAAA